GUUUUAUAAGGGCCCUUUUGACAGCCUUACUGUAGUCCGGCAUCUUUGGCGGUUAUUUCCAAACUCCGACGUGCAUACGCGUCGUUCGAACAUUUGCAGCAGUUUCAUAGCGUUUAUAAUGUCGGUCGACCUCACUAGUACUAGUGGCCGAACCAUCCUUGCCUUCAAGUCUGGUCGUGCUUUUCGACGCGCUGGAACCAACUUUGUCGAUGCCUCCCCCACCAAAGGCGCGAUUGUCUUGACCAAUGAGGAAGGUCUCAUACACUUCAUGUGGAAAGACCGAAUGUCAGGGGAAGUGGGCGAGGAUUUAAUAUUGUUUCCUGGUGAUGCAAAGUUGGAAAAGGUGCCCCAAAGUAGUUGGGGCAGGACCUAUGUCCUUAAAUUCGAGAGCUCCGAUCAAAAACAUUUCUUCUGGCUACAGGAUUCUUCAACACGCCGCGAUGAAGAAUUCGUGACGAAUCUAAACAGAACGUUAGCUGAUCCCAAUAUUAUCGCUAUUUGGGACGCGCGCAACGUUUAUCCAGCUUCGGAAGCCUCUACAUCUGCUACUGGUGCAUCCAUCUCUCCACCCUCAACUGUACAGCCAAUCGUUCCAGCGACUAGUAAUCCCACGCCAGCGAGUACUACCCCAGAACAACUCGCGCAACUUCGUGGAAUUGUUAGCUCUAUGACUGGCUUCACGAGUGAAGAUGAACUUUGGUUGACAGACGUCUUGUCCUCACAAAAUUUGCUUCAACUUUUCCAAUCACACUCUGAACUCCUCCCAUCACUCUUCCCUCAUCUUCCACCCGAACUUAUCCCAUCGUCAGACGCUACGCCGCAACAGGCAGUAGAAAUAUUACAGCGCACGACUAAUUCUCCACCUUUCCGCUUGGCUGUGGCACAGCUUGAUCGAGCGCUUCGCACGGGUGCCCUUGGCGAAUUUGUGAGGAGCCUCGGUCUUCCGGAGAGUGCUGCGAUGGGUGUUGGCGCGUUCCUAGCUGCUAUAGCCGAACAAGCAAGACAGGAAGGCGGUACUGAAGAGCGGAUGGAAGAGGAUUAGGGAGUGUGAGUGUCGAUUGGACUGUUUUUUUAGUUACCGCUGUUAUUCCAAGCGCACUGAAAUUCCUUAGUAUUGGUGUGCAAGCUUAUACAUUUGCCGUUUUGUUCAUUGCGUGCGACUUCUUUGCAGGAAAGAACAAUGCAGCGGAGUGUACACAUGUUUUCACGAGCUAAAUUCAUGCACGGGAGCUAAAUGUUCCCUGUUACAAUAGACGAUUACCGAUAGUGAUGAUUGCUCUGGGGCAAGAUGUCCAGUCCCAGAGUACGUGGCGUGAAGCACGGGCCGAUUCACUAGAUAGCUUCUUCGAUGUGUCUUUUCUCAUCCAGUAACAUACCGCUGAAUGUGAUCUACAUGAGCGACAUGCAGUUUGUGGUCAUUUUUU